CAGGCCUCCUGUAUGAUCUGCUGUAUUCUUAAUGUUAAAAUUGGGGAUCGAGUGGACCAAAUAUGUCAACCCAUUGUCAUCCCGUCCCCCAGUCCUGACACUGCCUACAGCUGGGGUGGUCUCUCCAAGGUGGACAGCGCACGAUGGGACGUGUUUAAUCUCACCAGCGAAGAGCUUACUAUGAACGGCACUUCUGGCAAGCAGCCAAUUCUAUUUAUCGCCUCGUUUGCCGUGCCCUCCGAAACGAAACAACUGCGUAAAAUUUCACCCGUGGGAUUUUCUGUGAUGUUCCUGGACGACGAUAGACCCUGUUCCUUUGGUUACUGCAAGGCUGGAAUCUGCAAGGAGUCGAACUUUGGCCGAGUAGCUCGCCUGUGGCCCUGGUUUACUUACUUUGCUGAAAGCCAAUGGACCGUUGUUUUAUGGGACAAUGUCGUCAUCGCGGUAAUACUACUCAGUCUUUCAAUUUGGAUACCCUGCAGCGUACUUCUAAAUCAUUUGGAGGAACUUAUUUUCGUUCGUGAUCGCAACGGCAAGGUGCAUUUUCUCCAGUACCUUAACACGGCCCAGAUCCGUAAUACAAGGAUCAUGAAACACUAA